GGCACGAGGACAUCACCCCUGAAAAAGGAUGGGGUGUGUCUCCACGCCGUCGGGGGGACCAGAGAGUGGUUGUCCCUUCUCCCCCUCAGCGGCGGACUCUGAGAUUUCCGACACGACUUGAAGGCGGCAGCAACGUCAAACGCCUGCGAGCCAAUCAGAGCGGCGACUCAUUUCAAGGUGACCAAUCAGCGACGGAUACGUCUUACGAAGGCACGCGAGUCCGCCCUGACGUUGCUCAUUGAAGAAGAAGGAGAGGGACGGUCUCAGCCCCAGAAGAAAUUCAAUCAUGACGGCCAAAUUGUGCAAGCUCUUUGUCGGCGGUCUGAACGUGGAGACCAACGAGGAUGGCGUCCGCAAGUAUUUCGAGCAGUUCGGUAAGCUAACCGACUGCGUUGUGGUGAUAAACCAGAUCGGCCGGUCUCGCUGUUUCGGCUUCAUCACCUACUCGACGCCGGAUGAGGCCGGCGCAGCAAUGGCGGCUAAGCCACAUGUCGUCGAAGGCCAAGAAGUGGACCUGAAAAGAGCCAUAGCGCGGGAGGAUGCUAACAACCCGGACAUUGUCGCUAACGUUAAGAAAGUCUUCGUCGGCGGUGUGAAAGACCACAUCGAGGAGGGGAACCUGACCGAGUACUUCUCGCAGUACGGCGUGGUGGAGAAGACCGAGAUCAUCGUCGACAAGCAGACCGGCAGGAAGAGAGGCUUCGGCUUUGUCUUCUUCGAGGACACCGACGCCGCCACCAAAGCGGUGCUCUGCAAGUACCACACCAUCGACGGGACCAAGGUGGAGGUGAAGAAGGCUCUGACCAAGCAGGAGAUGUCCACCAGCUACCGCGGGGGGAGAGGUCGAGGCCGGGGGAUGCAGAACUACGGCGGCGGCGGAAGAGGAGGUUACGGAGGCGGCUACGGUAACAGCUACGGAGGCGGCUACGGCGGCGGGUAUGGGGGAGGUUACAACGGCAGCGGCGGUGGAGGAUACGGCGGCGGCGGCGGAGGAUACGGCGGCGGGUAUGGAGGCUAUGACGACGGAGGAUACGAUAACCAGAUGGGGUACAGUAACGGUGACUUUGGGGACGGCUACGGGCAGCAGCACUCCAGCUAUGGUGCAGUGAAGGGGGGCGGCUACUCCUCCUACAGGAGCGGAGCUCCCUACAACAGAGGCGGCGGCGGCUACAGCCGGGGGGGCGGCGGUGGGUACGGCGGCGGCGGCGGCGGUGGUUAUUAGGGUCUCUCUCCACGUUUUGUGAUGUUCAUGGGGAAAAUUUCAGCGGACUUGAAUUUACACGCGCACACACACAUUACACACGCCCGGGUGAGGGGUCUUUGCAGGGUUCAGUUAACCCUUUGAAACCUGAGCAAAUUGAUUUCUUUGACAAACGUGGGAAGAAGUUCUUGAGCAAU